CCCAUCUCCGCAACUUCCACCCUCCCUCUCCCUCUCGUCUCCAACUCCAUCUCAACAACCCUCAAAAUGAUAGCCCCCAUCCCCACCACCCAGCAGGGCGCCGUGGUCCUCGACCCGGGCCCAAGCUACCGGAUUGUCCACCGUGACGACCUCCCCGUGCCCACCCCGGGCGACCACGAAGUGCUCGUCAAAUUAUCCUGCACCGGCCUUUGCCACUCCGAAAUCCGCGCCACCCUGAACUGGAGCACCUACAACCCGAUCAUCGGCCACGAAGGCAUCGGCACCGUCGUGCAACUCGGCCCCCACACGUCCCCCGCCCUCCUCGGCCACCGCGUGGGGGUGAAAUGGCUCUACAGCGCCUGCGCCACCUGCUCGGUGUGCACGCGCGGCCACCCGCACUACUGCCCGCACCAACGCAACACCAGCCGCCACGUCCCCGGCACGCUGCAGCAGUACGUCCUCGCGGACGCGCGGUUCCUCACCCCAAUCCCGACGGGGGUGGCCGACGAGAUCGCGGCGCCCUUGCUGUGCGCGGGGCUGACGAUGGCGGGGGCGUUGGGGCGGUUGGACGGGGUGGUGCGGGCGGGGGAGGUGGUGGUGAUUUCCGGGGCGGGUGGGGGACUGGGGCAUCUGGGGGUGCAGCUGGCGGCGCGGGUGAAGGGGCUGCGAGUGAUUGCGGUGGAUACUGGGGCGGAGAAGCAGAGACUCAGUCUGGCGGCGGGGGCGGAGCGGUUUGUGGAUUUCCGGACGGAGGAUGUGGUGGCGGCCGUCAGGGAGUGGACGGGGGGGGAGGGGGCCCAUGCGACGAUCGUCGUGCCGGGGACAGAGGCGGCGUUUGCGAUGGCACCGGAGUUGGUGCGGAAUAUGGGGUAUGUGGUUUGUGUGGGGUUGCCGAGGAAUGAUAUACGGUUGCCGGUGUCGGCGACGCUGUGUGCUGCACGAGGGAUCUCGAUUAUUGGCUCCUCGGUGGGGACGGAGGCGCAGAUGGAGGAGCUGUUGCAGCUCGCGGCCCAGGGGGUGAUCACGCCAGAGGUGAGGACGUAUGCAUUCCAGGAGACAGAGGCGUUGAUUCGUGGUCUGGAGAAGGAUACGAUCACAGGAAGGGCGGUGGUGCAAAUCCCACAGUAGUUACAGUAAUCACAGUAAAACGGAAUGGGGAGAUGGGACUGGGUUAGGGUUGCAGGAAAAGGCUGGCCCUCCCCUCAACACGCAAAGAGCAUUCAUUCCCAUGUUCACUGGCACACAUCGACUCGCGGUUGAUAUCUUGAUCAUCGCAACAAUUCCAACUUCAACAAGCAUCCAUUUUUCCCUCAUGCACCGCCGUUCCA